AUGUCUGCAAUCCCCUGGAUAUGCCGGCCAUGUCUUCUCCGCUCCCUGAGGCCAUUGAGAAGACGGCAAAUCCGCUUCCAAACAUCCCUCGCCUCAAACGACGCCCUCUCCACCGCCCUCCUCUCCCGCGCCCGCACCGUCGCCGCCGAACAUGACCAACUCACGCAAAAGCUCGCCGCGGGCUUCGACUCGAAAACCGCAAAGAAACUCGGCGAAAUCGGCCCCGUGUCCACAGCUCUAGCGGACUGGGACAAAGCCACCGCCUCUCUCAGCGAGCUGCAAUCCCUCAUCCACGACCCGACCACCGACCCCGAACUCCGCGAGCUGGCCGCCGAUGACAUGAUCUCGACGGCCGACGAGCUCGCCGCCGCGGCGCGCUCGCUGAAGACCAGCUUGGUGCCGAAACACCCCUUCGCGAAUCUACCAUGUCUGUUGGAGAUACGUCCUGGCGCAGGCGGGUCUGAAGCCGCCAUCUUCGCGGGCGACCUGCUGCGCAUGUACCAAGCCUUCUGCUCGCGGUCGGGCUACCGCACCUCGGUGCUGAAGCUCGAGUCGGCGGACAUCCUCGGCAGCGAAUCCACGCUCGCGGAGGCGGUGCUCGAGAUCGAGAGCGCGGGCGCGUACGGGCUGUUCCGGUGCGAGGCCGGGGUGCACCGCGUGCAGCGCGUGCCGGCGACAGAAUCUAAAGGGCGGGUGCACACGAGCGCCGUGAGCGUGCUGGUGCUGCCAUCGUUCCCGAGCUCGGGCGCGGCGGAGGAGAUGGAUCUGGAGAAUCCGGAGAGCGAUUAUUAUGUGGAUCCGAAGGAGGUGAGGACGGAGAUUAUGAGGGCGAGGGGUGCCGGGGGGCAGCAUGUUAAUACGACGGAUUCGGCGGUGCGGUUGACGCAUUUGCCGACCAUGACGAGUGUGAGUAUGCAGGAUUAUAGGAGCCAGCCGAAGAAUCGGGAGAAGGCGUGGCAGUUGCUGAGGAGUAGGUUGGCGCAGGCGAGGAGAGAGAAGAGGGAGGAGGAGAUGGUGCAAAUGCGGCGGAAUGUGGUGGGGGUUGCGAAGAUGGGGAGGGGGGAUAAAGUGAGGACGUAUAAUUGGGGGCAGCAGAGAGUUACAGAUCAUAGGAGUGGCUUGACGGUGCAUGGGUUGGAUGAUGUGAUGGAUGGGGGAAUGACGCUGGAGAAGGUGAUGGAGAGUGUGCGGACGUGGCUUAUGGAGAGGGAUGUGGAGGCGCUUGUUGCUGAAGAAGAAGAGAGUAAGAAUGGGAAGUGAGGCAUUCACAUAAGUAGGUGUAAGAAAGGAUCACCUGGGUAGGUAGGCUUCCUGGGUAUGGUAUGUAAAAAAUGUAUCAAUACUUGUCUCAAAAUCUAUCACAUCUACUGGU